AUGCCGCCCUACGCUGCCGAGCUCGAAACCUGGUGGUCAGGGAGCGGCCUCGAAGCCCUCACGCGCUUGGUCAACGACGAUAGCGAUGAACUCAACCCUCGCCAAUGUGGGUUUGCGCAGCAGUUGCAGACAAGACUUUUGACAUUCGACAACGACCGAGCUAUCCAAACCCAGAUACAGAAAGCCUGGCCGGCCAUCCGUACAGCUAGAGGCGUCGACUACGACGCAAACACUCGCAAAUAUGCCAAGUAUAUAACUUCAACCAUAUUUCGAAAGCCCACGGACGGAGGCAUUGACUUUAAUCGCGUCAUGGAUGGUUUAGGCUAUCUCGAUGCAAUGGAGAUUCGCCGCCUUCGCCUUCUUGCGGCCACCCGAAAGGCUAUGGAAACUGGUACACCAAGUGAAGCAAGUGCUCAAGUGGUUGAAGAACUGGACCGGACUGCCACUGCAAACUUCAGACAUCUCCAUGCCGGAUUCAGAACCUGUGUCCUCAUCCAGGAACUAAACAAAGAUGCUGGCCAGAGAAAGGAGCUUCCUCAGAUCAUGGCACUACUAAAUGCACUCGUGCCUCCAGUUGUCUUUCUCGAGGACGAAGACGACAUGGACCCAACUCCACAUUCACCAGGUCUCCGCGACAGUGUCCGAUUUUCUAUCUUCGAACAUCUAAUGUCUGAGGACUCUUUCUCCCCGAAUCGACGGGAGAUCAUUGAAAUGAAAUUGCGCUGCUGGUGCGAUGUUCCGGGUUACCCUCGAGCCAGAGACGCUCUCCUGCGCUAUACUGAAGAGUUCAAGAAGCUGGAGAAUGUCUGUCUCAAAGUUAUGAAUGAGCUUGAAAGCAGAUCAAUGGCAACUGUAUCUUACCAGACAAUAUCAGCUGACUCUUCCAUAUUAUCUGGUGCAGAAGCCUCUCACCAUUCUAGUCUCUUGGCCAGUUCUCUGCAAGACGAAAGCACUAUCCUUACUCCAAAUACAUCAAUCGAUACUCAGCAACCCACGACUCCCUGGGUCCCUGUAGCUUUCCAUCCUCUAUUAAAAGGGAUGCCGGGGCGAGAGAUAUCUCCCGCAAGUACAGACGGUGCUAUGUUUGCUCGGGACUUCAGCGCACCGCCUGUUCUGUCUUAUCCCGAUAACCUCUCCAAGACUGAAUUCUUCCAGCAUCCUUUUGCGCGGAAGCUAAACAUGUCCAUCGUGGAGCAGUAUGAUCCCGACACCGACGAUGAGGCCAAGGAAGACGUGCCACCAGUACCACCUCUGCCACACAUUCCCGAGAGGCUGAAAGCUCACCUGACACCGAACGUUUUGAACAAGAUCAAAAAGAAAAUGCGAUACCAACCGGACAAGGCUGACGGCCUGACAUUGGAUGGUGUGCCCUUCCAAUCACUAGACCAGUACAUGGGCGCUUCCACAACGCGCAAGUCGAAGGACAAAAAGCAUAGGCCAAUGCUCAACAGAAACAUUUCCGAAGCCAACGUGGUCACAGGUGUCGGCCAUCGACAUUUGCACUCGGAGGAUAGUGGUUAUGAGAUACCUAGUAUAUCUUCGAGCCUACCUGAGAGCCCCAAAUGGCCUCCUAGACAUGGACAGAAUGGCAGGGGGCCAGGCGCGGUACUUACGAACCCAGGAGCAGAGCAUCGUCCCAAUCUCAAAUGCCAACUUAUGGAACCACGCCUCUCGCCUAUGGAGUACUGUCGAAUGUACCUGGUCGAGAAGGCCUUAUCUGAACGAGAAAAUCGGCAGUGCGAACUUCCAAAACCCGAGCAGAAAUGGUAUUGGACACAAUAUCACAAAAACUUCUUGAUUGUUCCACGAAUUCCCAAAGAUAUUCAACGCGAUUUGGUUUCUAGGCCUAUUGAACCUAUCACAAGCCCAAAUGUAGUAGACUCUGACGGAGAGUCCGUAUCGACGCUUACAACAGAAGUCGACUAUAAUGGUCUUAUGCGUCUAUCACUUCAUCUCGGAAACGAGCCUGUUCUUCUACCUUGCUUCACAGAUAUACCACGUUCCAAUGUGAGGGAAUCAAAAAUUUUAGAGCCCCCGGAUUCUGAGGGAGAGAGUAGAGAUGACCGUGACGCUGAUGUUCCCGGGGAAAGAGAUUUCGUUUUGUCACGUCGAGUCAAAGGACCAGCUGGAGGAGAAGUCGAUGACUGGCGACCGAUGAGCGAGUAUGAGCAAGACAAGCACGAUAGGACACUGAAUGAGGACCUGUCGUUUGACAAGCUGAAAUUACUGGUAGAGUCCGAACAAGAGCCUGAACAAGGGUCCCAGACACCUUGUAAGAGUUUUGGUGCAGAAGUUCCUCCAGAAGACUUGCAUCGAACUGAUGGGCAAAGUGAUGACUGUGGAAACCUCUCCCUCUCAAGGAAGCUGUCACGCGUGUGCACGAAGGACUUGUCAGUUCUAGACUUUGCUACUCCAAGGUCCAAGGGCAAGACCGUGGCCAAUACUCCUCUUUCAUCGGCUACAAUGCAUGGCCGCAGUCCGCUCGCUCGCUUUCCGAUAGCAGUCCAGCCAACUCAUCGAUUAACACCUGGCACUCUGACCAAGCGAGUUGUUGGCGAGUCUGGUGGGCAGUUUCUUUCGGAGGAUACUCGACAGGCUCGAUUAAUUCCGAGCCCGAGCAGUCAACUACACCAGGGACUUACAGCGGACUUGUGGGACACCGACACCGAAUCCAUUAUAUCAGAACUCCAGCCGGAGCCCUUGAAUAUCAGCCGACGAAGACCCAGAGCCAGCACCGAUGAUGACCGAAGAUGGUCAAGAAUGUUCGACGGAUUGAGUUCCAAUAUGCCACCCACACUUGAGAAGUUUGGAACACAUUUCCCGGUCGAACGUGAAGGCGGCUCGAAAGCUGAAGCUGAUGAUGAUGACUGCACUUUCACGGAAGGGGACCGCACUCCGCGUGGGUUGGGCUAUCAGUUGCAAAGCCAUACACGUACAACCCCAGGGUCUGGAGGCCUUCAACGCUCAGCUUCUACGAUCAUAACACCAACUCAAUCUAAAAGGAGACUUCAGCCUAAAGCAUCUUUCAGCCUGGAAAAUACAGAACAUUCGGGCUUCACUCCGGAGCAUGCUAGGGAAGACUUUUCGAAGAGAACAUUCUCUACUUCAGGUAUGAUGCUUAACCUGCAAGAUACCCAAACGCGCCUCAAAUACCCUCUUCGAGAGCCCGACGAAAUGCACCUCAGUAGAAGUCUAGACGACACGACCCCUCGAGCCAGACGCUUGCCCGACAUACCUAAGCCUAGCCAAUAUCAGCCAAGUUUUACCCCCAGAGACUGGAUAAGAUCUGUUACGGCUACACCACGAAGGGCCAACAUUAUGUCGCGGGAUGAGAGGCCAAUUGGUUCGGCAGAUUGUACGCAGGCUUCCUUCCAGGCAAGCAGUAUUGUGGACGAAGGAGAGGUUCAGCUUUAUCCAUCUACAAUCAUGAGAGAUUUUACUCAGUCUCACCAGCUCGACAAGCAGCGGCCAAGGGCAACACUCACUCCCAGCAGUACACACCGGUUUUCCAAACAGCGGUUUGAUCGUUCAACCCGUGCUUCAUCUCCGCCCCUUUCUGGAGAUAGGUCAGACAUAGCUAUGCGCAGAACACCGUCCCCGACCGAGCUACACAGCACGGUUAUCCCACAAACACCAUCCUCAGCUAUCGGUGGCCUUUUCCGCAAACGCGUCCGUUCUGAAUACCACCCUCCAGCCACACCGCGAACACCAGCUUCCCCUCGAUUGGCAUGGCGGCCGUUUGAUGGCGACGACGAUGAGCCUGAACUACCCUACUUAUCGCCAUGGGCAUCAGGUCAUGCAGAGGGUAAGAGAGAGAAGGAGAAACGGGCAGCGUACUUUCGAGAAAAAGUAGAGCGCGAAAUUCAAGGCAGACAAUCACCGAAGAGGUCGGUCCGCAGAGAGUCUUUUAGCACCAUCAACAGGGACUGUACGAGUCGAAACGGUUCUGUUGUUGAGAACCGUCUGAGCAAAGAGAGUCUUGUCACCUGGACGAACUUCAUCGAAGAUGCCCCUGAACCACUCUUCUCGUCACCUUUGCCACCAGUACCACCACUUCCAUCCGAGUCUCAUCUGAACCUCACCCUUAAACGACUUCCUCAGAACCGAACGCCAUCUCGAGCAGUUUCGGGAUUCGAACCCUCUCCUGCUGGUACAUUUCGGGCCAAGAAGCCUCAGGGACUCAAGGUGGAUACACAGAGGCUGCGUAAAGCAAACCGAGAUGGAGCGCGGACGCCGAGUAGAAGCGCAACAAUGACGCCUGCCAGUGCAAGCAGCUUCAGAACUGCGUUUCGUGUAGAGGAAAGACAUAUGAGCUUCGGGCGAGAAGCGGAAGAGCCUCAGAGCAGAGAACGGGAUGACGAGGUAGUGUCACGGCGCAUGUAA